GAGUCCAAGCGCCGAUUGGUUGCGGCGGGUUGAAUGUAAGAUGGCGCCCAGGGAGCUGUGAGGGGAAAAAAGACGCGGGGCCUGAGGUGGCGACGGCGUGAGGCGGCUGAGGGGCCGGGAAUGUCACGAGUCUUAAGAGUUCAGGACAUGAAAAAAUCAGACAUACAAACAGCAAUGGUGCCUGUAUUGAAGAUGCUGGACUGCGUUGGAUCAGAGGACAGAUCCCCCACCUGUACCCCUGAAUAGUACUGCUUAAUCUUGCUCCAUUAAACAUUGACUGGUUUAUUUUCAAUAACUGUGAAUAUUGGUAUGCUACACGGCAAAAACUGUUUAAAGGGCAGCUUAAUAAAUUCAACAAGAUUACUUGCCUACUUAUGGGUGGUAGUUUGUAAUCCAUGUUUCUACAACCUGUUAAGAUAAAAAUGUGGAAAAUAUCUGGAAAUGUGCUGAAUUUCAAGGUAUUUUUCAUUUUUUCCAGUAUAUGAUAGUUUGUCAGAUAAAACUAGAUUGAUUUUAUAUUAGUUAGCCCAAAUAUUUUUAUAACAGUUUUAGCAUUUACAAUUCUACAACUUGUUCUAAUAACUUUCUCAGAGUAGAAAUUAAUCUCAGCUCUUAAUUAUAUGUGAAGAGAGGUAGGAGACUGGAAGCUUUUGAAUAUUUUGUGAUAUGCUCUGGUUCAUGGAAACUUUCAUAUUCCUUAAACUGCACAGUAUGCUAUUAACAUUUGCUGUAAAUGUCACAGUACUUUACAAAAUAAGCAAAUUAUAGUUAAGAUUUUUCUACACUGGGGUGGGCAAUCUGAUGCCCUUCAAAUGUUUUACUGCAUUCAUACUUGAUUGUUGAUCAUGAUGGCUGGGACUUAAAAAUAUCUGAAGGGCACCAGGUUGCCUUAUCCCCUUCUCUAUAUGUAUAAAGAUGGAGGUAAACUAAAUGGCUCUGCUUUUCCAAAAGGCUCUGUGGCACAAGUACACUUCUAUAACUUGUAGGGAUAUGAAGUGUCUUUAACUUUCUUAAAUCUCCCUCUCUUUCUCUGUGUAUGUACCACAAUUUAAUCCUAAUCUAACUAAUAUCCCACAAUAUUGUGCCCAAGCUGUAAGGCUCCUUUGUUGGACUAUGUGGUCCCAAGGAUGAGAUGCUGAUAACUCAAAGUCAUAGGCCACUUGAUUAACAGUAAACAAAACUUUAUUUGUACAAUAAACACAAUGGUUUCAAGAUGUUAUUUAUCCUUUUCUUAGUAAAUAAAAAUGUAUAAUUUUAACGGAGGUAUCACACUCUUUCCCUUCACAAUCACAUACAGGUCCUUAUUUUUCUCCUGCACUCAGGUUUCUGUCAGCUUCUCUCUCACACACACUCUUACAAUACUUGACAAUAUUAGGUUCUGACUCUUCCUAGUCACUAAUAUGUCCUUUAAGAAUUCUUCUUUCUUAAAUACGUUUCACAGCAUUAUCUGGGAUUCUAAUGAGAAGGCUGUGUCUUCAGAUGCUGUAGGUUUGCUGACAGACCACAAAGCUGUAAACUUCUGACAGAUUAAACCCCACCAUAACUGCUGACAGACCACCACUCUCUGACUGAAAAGUAUCUACUUCUCUCUCCUUGCACCCUUCCAAGCUCCGCCCACACAUUCUUAAGUCACCAACUAAUCACCUCACCGCCCUUCUGAAACUUACCAACAUUCAAAGGAACACAGUCCUAUAACAGUUAAAAUCAACACUGAUUUCAAAACUACAAAGCUCACAUACCUUCAGUUUUAUAUCUACAACUAGUUACCAUUUGGGGGAGUGACUGAGAGUGAAGAUCAACAUUCUUUUAGCCUUGACAUACCUAAGGUUUAUUCAUAGUUUCUAAAAAUAUGGAUUUAAAAAAAAUCUAAAUUGUUUUUCUAACUAUUCUAGAAUCCAGCUAUAUCCUUAAGCUACUUGAUUAGAUACAAAUUCUGUUGAAAUAGGUGAGGUAUAAUAAUGUUUUUGGAAUUCAAGAAUUUAGAAUUUCUUCUGCAGUGAAUUCUGUUACUCAUAGGAGGAUUGUUAUCCCAGCUUGGCAGCAGUGAAAGUGUAUUUGAAAAGGCUUAUGUCUCUGUCAAGAAUUGUUUGUUAGGGCCACCACAUGUGACUUUUUAUUUCUGGUGAAAAUAGCCGUCAGAUGUUAGAUUUAAUCUCUCUUGCUCUUGGGGAAUUGUGUUUACUGGGCCACCAGCAAAGGGAAUAACAUCAUUAGUUCUGGUUGUCAUGGAAGGCCAACCAGAAAACUUCUGCCAAUUGGAGUCUUCAUUGAAAAAAUGAGGAUCUUUAUACAUUAUCCUUUUAAUUUGAAAACUCAAUAAAAUAUGAGACCAAUAUAUUUCUGUUUUGUAGAUCAGAUUUACUAGUUAACUAUAAUUGAAGAUUUCCCCUGGCAAUUGUCUGGUUCACAAGAUUAAGUAAGCUACUGUGGCUUAAAUAAACUGCUCACUGGGGUAUGUUGUGCUGUCUGAACCCAGACAACAUGACUUUUUUGAGAGGGAAACAACUUUCAGAUAACUCGGAGGAAGGACAUGAGUUAUUUGAGAGUCCCUCUCCCACACAUACAAGCAAGGCUGACUGGGUUGGAAAGAUACAACUAGCUGCACUUGGCUGGAUAAUUAAGCUAAUCUGAGAGAGUGCCUGUUUUCUUAUUAACCUGCCCCAUCACUGAGGUCUUUAGCUGGCAUGUCCCUGGUGGUUCCACAUGAACUAAGGACUAGAUUGGAGCCCAACUAGAGAAGACUCCUCUGUGUAGUGACUCGGUUUCUAUGAAACUCUCUGCCUCUGGAAGUGAGGCUGGUUAACAGCAGCAUAUUGUUUCCAGGAGAUGCUAAAAACAGUUAUUUCAAGAAUGCUUCCUCAUCUAAGCAGCCACGGUUUAUUAAUAUAAUUUUACUGAUCUUGGUUGUUAAUAUAUUCUCUGUUUUUUAAUUAUGCAAUGCUCUGGAGUAUUUGCAAAUAAAAUAUGGAGUACUAUAUAAAUCCUAUAAAUAAACUAAAUAAUGGUGCCUGCCAUGUUCCUGCCAAUUUAAAGAUUGUGCAACCUGGGUCUUAGUGUAAAUUCCAGUGCUUGCAACUUCAACAACAAAUAACUACAUUAAAAUGCAAAAUAAUUUUAAAAAUGAAAAUGUCUCUCUUUGAAGAUUAGUCUUUUGGAUUCAUGUGGAUCUAGCAUGGAAUAUUUGCAUCAGCUUCUGUAGCUAGUGGGUCUCAAAUGUAACUGUAUGAUUCUUUUUGGAGUAGCUUUAUGUGACUGGAUUUAUACAUAACCUGGAGUAUUGCAUUUCCUGUCAUCCUAUGGCCCUUCCCACAUAGCUAAUAGCUGUUAUUUCUCCUGCUUAGUUAGAUUGGAUUCAUUAUAUUGUGAUGAUCCAUUUUAAGGUUUCGGUUGCUAGUAUGGUCUGUAAUCCACCCUAAUGCAGUGGAUGAACUCUUAAACAUCACCAGGAACAGUGCAGGGAGUAACCAUGAGGGCAGCAGAAAAGUGCCUUCAACUUUAUUAAAAACAAAGUGACCGUUCCUCAGAUAUUUUGAUAUUUCAUAUUAUUGGUAUUAAAACCCCAUUAUUAAUACUAUCAGUGAUGGAAUCUGAGGCCUUAAUUUGAAUCUUGUAAUGCAUAUCUUGCUAGUAAGCACCUUUAGAAAUGACAUGACUGCACACAGGGCUGCCUUUGUAAAACAAAGGUUUCCUGUGAACAAAUCAAUGCAUGUAUGCUGGGUGGCUUCACUGCUAUGACUUCUGGAACUGAUUGACUUUUCUCUCAACUUAGGUUUUCUCACAGUGUAACACAUUUGGUGGUUCUGCCUCAAGGUUUUGUUCUUUAAUUACCCAUUCCUUAGUAGUUUGGAAUAUAAUGCUAAGUACGUGAGAAAGUAUCUAGUAUACAUUGCUUGUAUGUGUUGUAUUCAGAUAUUUGAAAUUAUUUGUAAGUUUUGCCUAGAUUAAUGGAGUUAGGCUGUGUAUCUUCAAAGAGCCUGGAAUUUCUAACUGGAAUGACAGCAAGAAAUUUAACAUAGGAAGAGCUAUUCUGGAUCAGAUCAUGGUCUAUCAAGUCUAGCAUUCUGUUCACACAGCGACCUGCCAGCGACUCAUAGCUGGUUUCUGAUCCAAAAGAGGACCUUCCUCUUAUUACAUGACUGCUAAGUUUUCUUUGGUGAGGGACUUUGUCAAAAGUCUUUUGGAAGUCCAAGUAAUCAAAGUCUACUGGAUCACCCCUGUCCGCAUUUCUAUUGAUACUGUCAAAGAGCUCUAAAAGGGAUCCUGAGGACCUUGCAAUAUGAAUAAUUCCUUGGAGAACACCAUUUCCUUUGAAGAAUACAUCCGUGUGAAAGCACGAACAAUCCCACAACAUAGGAUGAAGGAAUUCUUGGACUCCCUUGCCUCCAAAGGCCCGGAAGCCCUACAAGAAUUUCAGCAGACAGCUGCUACCACCACCAUGGUUUAUCAGCAAGGUGGCAACUGUAUUUACACAGAUAGCACAGAAGUGGCUGGAUCUUUGCUUGAACUUGCUUGUCCUGUUACAACAAGUGUCCAGCAGCAAACCCAGCAAGAACAGCAAAUACAGGUGCAGCAACCCCAGCAGGUUCAGGUGCAAGUUCAGGUUCAGCAGUCCCCUCAGCAAGUUUCUACCCAGCAGCUUUCCCCCCAGCUCACUGUUCACCAAGCUUCAGAGCAGCCAAUACAAGUUCAGGUGCAGAUCCAAGGCCAGGCACAACAGCAGGCAUCCCAGACAAUACAGGGUCAAGCACUUCAGAGUCCCAGUCCUUCUCAGUUGCAGGCAGCUCAGAUCCAAGUGCAACAUGUGCAGACUGCUCAGCAAAUCCAGGGUGCAGAAAUACAGGAAGAACAUAUACAGCACCAGCAGAUUCAGGCCCAGCUUGUGGCAGGACAGGCUAUUGCUGGAGGCCAGCAGAUCCAGAUUCAGACAGUUGGGGCACUUUCCCCUCCUCCAUCUCAGCAGGGCUCACCACGGGAAGGUGAGCGAAGGAUCAGUACUGCCAGCGUCCUCCAGCCAGUGAAGAAGCGCAAAGUGGAUAUGCCUAUUACUGUGUCGUAUGCUAUUUCAGGGCAGCCGGUUGCCACAGUCCUGGCCAUCCCCCAGGGUCAGCAGCAGAGUUAUGUAUCCUUGAGGCCGGACUUAUUAACAGUGGAUAGUGCCCAUCUGUACAGUGCCACUGGGACCAUAACCAGCCCUACCGGGGAGACUUGGACCAUCCCUGUUUACUCUGCACAACCACGUGGCGACCUGCAGCAGCAAAACAUAACCCAUAUUGCCAUCCCACAGGAGGCCUACAAUGCCGUCCAUGUCAGUGGCUCCCCAACGGCUUUGGCCACUGUCAAGCUGGAAGAUGACAAGGAUAAGAUGGUGGGAGGUGCAUCAGUAGUGAAAAACUCUCAUGAGGAAGUCGUGCAAACUCUUGCCAACUCGCUUUUUCCAGCACAGUUUAUGAAUGGCAAUAUCCACAUUCCAGUGGCAGUGCAAGCAGUGGCAGGGACCUACCAGAAUACAGCCCAGACAGUUCAUAUAUGGGACCCUCAGCAACAACAGUCCACACCACAGGAGCAGGGGCAGCAGCAACAACAGCAGCAACUACAAGUUACUUGCUCAGCCCAAACUGUUCAGGUUGCUGAAGUUGAACAGCAACCGCAGCCUCAGCCUUCACCUGAACUCCUCCUUCCACAUUCUCUCAAGCCAGAAGAGGGACUAGAAGUGUGGAAAAGCUGGGCACAGACUAAAAAUGCAGAACUGGAGAAGGAGUCGCAGAACAGGCUUGCUCCUAUUGGCAGACGUCAGCUGUUGAGAUUCCAGGAAGAUCUGAUAUCCUCAGCUGUAGCAGAGUUGAAUUAUGGACUGUGCUUAAUGACUCGUGAAGCUCGCAACAGUGAAGGCGAGCCCUAUGAUCCAGAUGUUCUGUAUUACAUCUUCCUGUGUAUUCAGAAGUACCUAUUUGAAAAUGGGCGAGUUGAUGACAUUUUCUCUGAUCUCUAUUACAUACGGUUCACUGAGUGGUUACAUGAAGUUCUCAAGGAUGUGCAGCCCCGGGUCACUCCUCUUGGCUAUGUACUCCCCAGCCAUGUGACAGAAGAGAUGUUGUGGGAGUGCAAGCAGCUGGGAGCUCACUCCCCUGCCACCUUGCUGACUACUCUCAUGUUUUUUAACACAAAAUACUUCCUGUUGAAAACAGUAGACCAGCAUAUGAAGCUGGCCUUCUCAAAGGUCUUGCGGCAGACCAAGAAGAACCCUUCCAAUCCCAAGGAUAAAAGUACAAGCAUCCGGUAUCUGAAGGCACUUGGCAUACACCAGGCAGGCCAGAAAGUUACAGAUGACAUGUAUGCAGAGCAGACAGAGAACCCUGAGAACCCCUUAAGGUGUCCUAUAAAGCUCUAUGACUUCUACCUCUUCAAAUGCCCCCAGAGUGUGAAAGGCCGGAACGACACAUUCUAUUUGACACCGGAACCAGUGGUGGCUCCCAACAGCCCUAUCUGGUAUUCCAUCCAGCCAAUCAGUCGAGAGCAAAUGGAACAGAUGCUCACCCGGAUUCUGGUGAUACGAGAGAUUCAGGAAGCUAUUGCUGUGGCAAAUGUCACCACCAUGCACUAAGGCAUUCCUUUCAGCUCAGAUAAAGGAUGAGGGGGGGCAGGGUAGGAGGGGAGGCCAUAAUGCCAGGAUCAAUUGUACAGCCUUUUACACUUAAAGGAGAUGCCUAAGUUUUUUUUUAAUUGGUGUAGUUAUGAAGCCCUUUUAGGCUUCUUCUGUUUAAAACGAGACCCUCCCCAUUGUGUAUCUGACCCAACUACAUCAGCCUUCUGGAGGCUUUGGGGGCUGCCUUCUUUCUUUGGGAGCUGUGAGGUGCUGUAGGUUGACUUUGGGAUUUUUUAUGAUGUGAAAAAACAAAUUUAAUUGAGGGACUUGGCCUGGCUGGCCUCUACUUUGGAGUUCACGCUCUUGGAAAGAGCAGAAAAUGGUGGAUAUAUUGCCUGACCUAAAGAGGCAGUUUGCAGUUUCCUUGUCCCCAGACACUGACAUGUCCUGGAAGGGAGAGGAGAGUGUCCUGCAAUUAUGAUUUAGAAGAAAAAGAAGAAAAUCAGUUUCUUAUAAGACCGUAAAAAAUGGCAUUUUUAGAUGUUAAGUACAAACUACCACACUUCUCUCUAUUUCUCUCUCUCUCUCUCUCGCUCUCUUGUUUUGUUUUGUUUGUUUUGUUUGUUUUUUCUUUUUGGCCUGAUGUUGAGGCCUUAAAACCUUGAGGCUCCUGUGCCUGAUGAAAUUCUUGUAACAUACACUUGUGUAUCAUAUAAAGAUACCGCCCUGUUUCUCUUAUGUAUUCUUACGCUAGUUGUUUAUUAAGAAUGACGAGCACGUCUUUUCAACAUG